AUGGCCCACUUACGUCUACAACCGUUUAACUUUCGCAACCCCGAUGACUGGCCUCGAUGGAAACGCCGGUUUGAGCAGUUCAGAGAAGCGUCCUCUCUGACAGACGACAGUGCCAGAAAGCAAGUUAAUACUCUUCUGUACGAAGAAGCAGAUGCGGUGUUAUCAUCUACGAAUGUAACCGCAGAGGAGCGUGCUGUCUAUGAGACUGUUCUCGAGAAAUUCGACGCUUUUUUCCAAGUGAGAAGAAAUGUGAUUUUUGAACGGGCACGAUUCAACCAAAGGAACCAACUCAGUGGAGAGACGAUGGAACAGUACAUAAUGGAACUGUACAAGUUAGCCGAAAGCUGUAACUACGGCGACAUGAAGGACGAGAUGAUCCGUGAUCAACUAGUAGUGGGAAUUCAUGACAAUGCACUCUCAAAGCGACUGCAACUGCUCACUCUGGACAAAGCCAAAAAGACGGUACGUCAACAAGAGGCAGUGGGAGAACAGCUUAAAGGAACAGUAAAGGACGAAUCAAGCUUAGACCAGCUUCGACAACGAAAAGGAUUCCGUAAACAAUGGAAGGCCAAAAAGCCAAGCUCAACAAACCCUCGAGUACCAACCAAGUCUAAUUGCCAACGCUGUGGGAGAGGCCAACACACUCGUGAGAAAUGCCCUGCUAAGGAGGCUACAUGUCACACAUGUCAGAAGAAAGGCCACUACAGUGCACAGUGUUUUUUCAAGAAUGUAUCCGAGUUGGAAAGUGGUAAUGGCAUGGAUGCAGCUUAUCUGGACACAGGUUCAAGUAAAUCAGAAAACAACCUCGUUUAAGAUGGACACAGGAGCGGAGGUCACAGCGAUAUUGAUGGAUACUUACCGACACUUAAAGAAGCCGCAGCUGACAACAGCUAGCAAAGCUCUAUAUGGACCUUCAAGAAUCAAGUUGAAAGUAAAGGGAAUGUUCGUGGCAUCAAUUUCUCGUGGAGACGUCGUGACGAAACAGCCCAUAUUUGUAGUGGAUGGUCUGAAGACUAAUUUGCUUGGAUUACCUGCUAUAUCUGCAUUGAAUCUUGUAGUCAGGUUAGACGCCACUGUCGAAGGACCAAACAACACCCAAGCUAUGGUAAUACAGAAAUACCCAUCUGUUUUUCAAGGUCUCGGCAAUCUAGGAGAGGAGUAUGAGAUAAAACUGAAAGAUGGUGCUAAGCCUUACUCACUCAUGGCUCCCAGACACAUAGCAUUACCUCUAAGGCCAAAGGUGAAGGAGGAGCUCUCAAUCUCUGGGCGUCAUAUCCAAAGUGGACAAACCGACACAAUGGUGUGCAGGGAUAGUCGUGGUGCCAAAGAAGGCAGGAGCAAUCCGAAUUUGUGUCGACCUCAAGCCACUAAACGAGCAUGUACUCAGGGAAGUACAUCCACUGCCGAAAGUGGAUGACACACUGGCUCAAAUGACAGGAGCUAAAGUAUUCAGCAAACUGGAUGCAAACAGCGGGUUCUGGUAAAUUCCGCUAGCCAAGACCUCAAGACACUUGACGACUUUCAUUACUCCUUUUGGUCGGUACUACUUUAACAAAUUGCCAUUUGGAAUAUCAAGUGCCCCGGAACACUUUCAGAAACG